AUGGAGGCUUCCAUCCAACUCCACGUCCUGGCCAUGCUCGUCUGGCUCAUGCCGGCCAUCGUCACCGUUGCCGCUUAUGAGAACUUUCAAGCGGUAGAAACAGGCGUUUUGUUGUCUCCUCGAUAUUUCCAGGAAUACGCUGCUUCGAACGCCAGUCCGCUGGAGAAGCGACAGGGCCAGCUGCAAUGUCCCAAUGACCAACACUCGUGCCUCGAAAUCGGAAACGACGGUGGUAGCUUCUGCUGUGGGAACGACCAGUUUUGUCAGGCCAAUUCGACUGCUUUGACUAAGGCAGCAUGUUGCGCCAUCGGUUCCAACUGCGGUUCUCCCUGCACGUCAGACAUGACGUUAUGCGCCGCCACAAGAACCAUAACAACAGGCGAUAACCCUUCGGUGACUCUCCUGUCAGCUUGUUGCGCGCGGCAAUGCAGCGUUUCCUUCUACCUCUGCCCGAAAUCCCUCGGGGGUAGCUGCUGCCCAUAUGGCCAGGCUUGCGCCGAAGGCGGCAAGUGUAUCGCGACCAUCACGCCCUCGUCCUCCAUCAGCACUCUAGUCCCUCUGGUCCCUUCAGGCUGCACGACCAGCCAGACCUCCUGCGACGCCAGCAUAGGCGGAGGGUGCUGUGAUCUUACUCAGAGCUGCACCCAAAUUACCGGCAAAGCAUUUUGCGCCGAACGCGCUGCCUUUCCGACCAUCAGCGGCAUUGCCGAGUUCUACCCUGAUCACGAUCUAAGCGCGGGGGCCAAAGCCGGUAUUGCCAUUGGCGUGGUGGUCGGCUUUGGCUUGCUUAUCGGCGUCUUGACAUGGUGGUGUCUGCAAUCCCGUAGGCGCAGAAGGGCAAGUGAAGCGGGCGGCACGGUCCCUAGUUUCUCGCACCGCUCCGGACCCAGUAGAAUCAUCGGCGCCAUCAUCGGUGGAGGAGGGAGAGAACAGCAACCCAUGUCGGAAGUCACGUCCGAUGUCCAGUCCCGGUCUGGUGGGACUCAAGACUAUUUCGGCCCCGAGGCGGCGGUUGGGCCUUACUCUGAUUCUAGGUUGCCAUCGACGGGUACUACGCCUGGUAUAGACAGAGACAGGGGCGUUCCGCUCCAGCCGCAUGGUCCGGGUGAUAUUGCCGUGCCAGUCGAAAUUGACUCGAGGAUGAUGACUGCGCAAGAAAAUCAAGGGAUUGGGGCCACAGCGUCACCGACGACGCAUCAAGCCUCGGAGACUGGGCAGCUCGCAGGUAACCAAGAAGAAGGUGGAGACCGGUAUGAGCUGUACGGAUCUGAGCCGUUGGAUAUGGAAGGAGAAUCGGUAUCACCGCUGUAUACGCCCUCGCCGCAUACGCAAACCGUGCGGACGCCGUCUGAGGAGGCGCCGAAGCCGGUGAAGUUGCUUUGAAUUGCUUUUUGGCUUGGAAGAGUGUUGGCGAGUAGCACUAUU